AUGGGGAUUCAAUUUUGUAAGGAUGGACAUUUCAUUACAAUUGUAAUUGAGGAUGUAGAGGAGACAAUUGAAUGGAGGGAGAAGGUGAAGGAGAAGAAACGCAGCAAGAGAAAGACAAACAAAAAAGAAAAGGCAGCUAGAAAGAUCCAAGCCUGGUGGCGUGGCACCCUGGUACGCCGGACAUUGUUGCAUGCGGCCCUCAGAGCCUGGGUCAUUCAGUGCUGGUGGCGGCUGACGCUGGCAAGACAACUGGAGAGAAGACGGUGGGCAGCCUUGAUUGCUUAUGCAAAGAAAGAGAGGGCAGUGGUUAAACUCCAGUCUUUGGUCCGUAUGUGGCGCAUUCACUGGCGAUACUGCCAAGUGCUCAAUGCUAUCUAUGUCAUCCAGCGCCACUGGAAAUGCCAAACCUGCCAGACCUGCUCUCUCCUCCGGGGCCACUGUGUGGUCACAACUACUCACCUGCAGUUCCACAUUGAGAUCAUCAAUCCCUAA